AUGGCCAAUGACAGCGGCGGGCCCGGCGGGCCGAGCCCGAGCGAGCGAGACCGGCAGUACUGCGAGCUGUGCGGGAAGAUGGAGAACCUGCUGCGUUGCAGCCGCUGCCGCCGCUCCUUCUACUGCAGCAAGGAGCACCAGCGCCAGGACUGGAAGAAGCACAAGCUCGUGUGCCAGGGCGGCGAGGGCGCCCUCGCCCCCGGAGCGGGCCAGCCCCAGCAUCCCGGUCCCGCGCCGCCGCCCAGGGCCGCCGGGGCCGGGGCCAGGGAGGCCAGGAAGGCGGCGCCGCGCCGGGACAGAGCCGCCGUCGCCGCCGCCGUCGCCGAGGCCGCGGGCCCGCGGGCCGCGGAGCCCGCGAAGGAGGAGCCGCUGGCCCGCUCGUCGCUGUACCAGGAGAAGGCGAACCUGUACCCGCCGAGCAGCGCGCCGGGCGAGGCGCUGAGCCACGGCGGCGGCCUGCGGCCCAACGGGCAGACGAAGCCGCUGCCGGCGCUGAAGCUGGCGCUGGAGUACAUCGUGCCCUGCAUGAACAAGCACGGCAUCUGCGUGGUGGACGACUUCCUGGGCAAGGAGACCGGGCAGCAGAUCGGCGACGAGGUGCGCGCCCUGCACGACACUGGCAAGUUCACGGACGGGCAGCUGGUCAGCCAGAAGAGCGACUCGUCCAAGGACAUCCGAGGCGAUAAGAUCACCUGGAUCGAGGGCAAGGAGCCCGGCUGCGAAACCAUCGGGCUGCUCAUGAGCAGCAUGGACGACCUGAUCCGCCACUGUAACGGGAAGCUGGGCAACUACAAGAUCAAUGGCCGGACGAAAGCCAUGGUUGCUUGUUAUCCAGGCAACGGAACGGGUUAUGUACGUCAUGUCGAUAAUCCAAAUGGAGAUGGAAGAUGUGUGACAUGUAUAUAUUAUCUUAAUAAAGACUGGGAUGCCAAGGUAAGUGGAGGUAUACUUCGAAUUUUCCCGGAAGGCAAGGCCCAGUUUGCCGACAUUGAACCCAGGUUUGAUAGACUGCUGUUUUUCUGGUCCGACCGUCGCAACCCUCAUGAAGUGCAGCCAGCAUACGCUACAAGGUACGCAAUAACUGUUUGGUAUUUUGAUGCAGAUGAGAGAGCACGAGCUAAAGUAAAAUAUCUAACAGGUGAAAAAGGUGUGAGGGUUGAACUCAAUAAACCUUCUGAUUCAGUCAGUAAAGACGUCUUAUAGAGCCUUUGAUCCAGCAAUACCCCACUUCAUCUACAGUAAUUAUUGACGCUGUUUGUUAACUUGUGAAUACGAAUAAAUGGGACAAAGAAAAUAGACCACCAGUUGGCAAUUUAAGGAAACAAACAACUUUUUUGUGUUGCAUCAAAACGAAGAUUUUGACUGUGUGGCUUUGUACUGCAUGAUUGACUCCAAACCUGUGAUGGGAAGAAUAUAAGUUAUCAGCUGAAAGUGGUAUUUACAUCUGGACAUGAAAUAAGUGCCCUAGGUAGAAUUUUUUCAUUCUUAUAUUUUGCCAGAUCUGUCAUCUAGCUGACUUCAUUUCAUCUCUCCCUUUUUUAUAUAGUCAAGUUUGAAUUUGAAGUAAUUUUUAUAUGAUCAGGUACAAUUUAUCAAAACUGAAUUGAGGAAAAAAUUACAGUAUUAUUCCCCAAAAUAGCAUCAAUCUAUUUUUGUAAACCUCUUCGUACUAUUAAAUUUUGCC